UUAGCAAACACUGGCGAGGCCACGUUUCUUCCAUGGUGUCCUUACGCCGCUCCUCGGCGCUACCUUUAAAAUCCUCCGUCGCGUUACUUUAUACCUAUUCAUAACCUUCCAUUGCAAUAUCAGCGCAAAGAUGACGCUCAACGACAGCAAUUACAAACUGUGUUACGGCAUUCAUGUCAACGGUCAGAGUCGCAGAUUCAUGUUGUUGGUGGCGGAAUUCGCACCAUGCUGUUCUCAGCAAUGUUUUGAAUCUGAUUUCAUCAAAGUUGGCAAGGAGAUGAGAACAGUAUUGAAUGAACUGUUUUAUGGUAUGGUGUGUCUGAUCCAGUCGUUUGCGGUAUCUUGCCAACCUUCCUUUAGUUCAGACCUCUUUGGAACUCGGACAUUACCAUUGGUUGCUGCGCAGCUCCAACAACUGAAGCUUAUAUGACUGGCAACAGGCGAGAAGGUUCAAGUGGUCCAUCAACAGCGACGCAAUGGAAAGUUUCUAUCAUAAAGCCGGAGAGCCAACCCUAAACGACAUCGCCAAGUUGACAGUGUGGAUCAUUCUCCGUCGAGGA